AUGGGCAAAGCCAUGGGGCUGGUUGGGCUGCUGCUGGGACUCUUCCUCGUUCCCGCUGUGCUGGUGAGCACCAGCCUUCGCCAUGGAGCCCUGCGGAUUGAGCCCGAGCCGGAGCUGGCCGAGUGGGAGCCGGUCUCAGACACCGUCCCAGAGGACUCGCUGUGGCCCCUGCCGCAGUGGCUCCGCACGUCCCGCCGCCAGCUGCAGCUGGCCCCCGGCCGCUUCCAGCUGGUGCUUGGCACCGGCUCCUCAGCGGCGCCGGCCUGCGGUCUGUUGCAGGAUGCCUUCCGCAGGUACUACGAUUACAUGUUCGGGCACUCCGACCGGCGGAAGCACGGCCACAGGCCGCUCGGCGCCAGAGCGGAGCCCGAACUGUUGCAGCUGCAGGUGGUGGUCGAGUCUCUGGACCCCGGCUGUCAGGGGUACCCGCACCUCGGCUCCAGCGAGGCCUAUCAUUUAACUGUAACUGAACCUGUGGCUGUACUGAAAGCAGAUGAGGUGUGGGGUGCUUUAAGAGGUUUGGAAACUUUCAGCCAGUUGGUUCAUGAGGAUGACUAUGGAAGUUUUCUUGUCAAUGAAUCUGAAAUUGAUGACUUCCCAAGAUUUGCUCACAGAGGAAUCUUACUAGACACUUCAAGGCAUUAUUUACCAUUGAAAUCAAUCCUUACGAAUCUGGAUGCCAUGGCUUUUAACAAGUUCAAUGUUCUCCACUGGCAUAUAGUAGAUGAUCAGUCGUUCCCUUACCAGAGUAUUUAUUUUCCGGAGUUAAGUGACAAGGGAGCAUACUCCUAUAACCACAUCUAUACACCUGCUGACGUCCGUCUGGUGAUUGAGUAUGCCCGGUUAAGAGGCAUUAGAGUUAUCCCAGAGUUUGAUACCCCAGGACAUACAGAGUCUUGGGGAAAAGGUCAAAAAGAUCUUCUCACCCCUUGUUACAAUGGACAACAGCCAACUGGGUCCUUUGGACCUGUAAAUCCCAUUUUGAAUACAACUUAUGACUUCAUGACUCAGUUCUUCAAAGAGAUCAGCAGUGUGUUUCCAGAUGCAUACAUUCAUUUGGGAGGAGAUGAAGUGAACUUCGAUUGUUGGAAAUCUAACCCUGAGGUGAAAGAGUUCAUGAAGAAGGAAGGAUUUGGCACUGACUAUAAGAAACUGGAAUCUCACUAUAUUCAAAAGAUUUUGGAUAUAGUUUCCUCCUAUAACAAAGGAUACAUCGUCUGGCAGGAAGUGUUUGAUAACAACGCACAGCUGAAACCAGACACAGUAGUUGAAGUGUGGAUGGGAAACAACUAUGCUCAUGAACUGAGCAGUGUUACAGGAGCUGGGUUCACUGCUAUCCUGGCAGCUCCCUGGUACUUAGACUACAUUAGUUACGGGCAAGACUGGAAGAAAUACUACAGUGUUGAGCCACUCAACUUCCCUGGAUCUGAAGAACAGAAAAAACUCUUAAUAGGUGGAGAAGCCUGCCUGUGGGGAGAAUUUGUGGAUGCAACUAACCUCACACCAAGAUUAUGGCCUAGAGCAAGUGCUGUAGGGGAAAGACUUUGGAGCAGUAGGAGCGUGACCGACUUGCAAGAUGCCUAUGAAAGGCUGUCCAACCAUCGAUGCCGCAUGCUCCGCCGUGGCAUAGCAGCUGAACCUGUGUUUGUUGGAUAUUGUGCCCAUGAAGCAAGAGGGCAGUAACUGCUGCAAAGACUUCUAGUCAA